GAAAUAAUACCAACAAGCUAAAUAAAAUCUUAACAUAUGUAUAAUGGGCAACAAAUAGGCAACAUCAAGCUGCAAACUAAAGGAAAAUCCCAUUAAAAACGAGGAGGAGGGCUCAAACCUUUGAGAAUAUAUAUUUGGCAAGAAGAAUUGGCUUAAAUCCGUGCAGGAGUAGGCCCGAAAAUGCUUUUGAGCAACCAGCCGGCGAAUACGAAACCGCAGCAAUCGCCUUCGCCGUCGCAGACGCAGAACUUCAAGUCGAAGCUGCAGCAGCAGAUUGUUUCGGCAGCGGCGGCGGCAGCGGCGAACAUAGCCAACGGCAGCGGUCAUCAUCAUCACCAGAACCAUCAUCAUCAUCAUAAUCCCCUGAACAACCAUCACAGUCACAGCCACAAUCAUAAUCACAGUCACAAUCAUAAUCACAAUCAGCACAACAUUUCCUUCGCCACGGAUUUCUCAAUUGCGGCGAUUAUGGCGCGCGGCGGAAACGCCUCGAGUAGCCGGGAGCCUUCGGAACGCAGUCUGAGUCCCGCAUCCGUGGAGCGCUUUUCAGGCCAGGAUGCGGACGAUGAUGUUGACGUUGAUGUGGUCGACUGCAGUGACUCGGAAAUGCCGACGGCAACUGUGGCAGCAGCAGCAGCGGCGGCAACAACAGCAGCGGCUGCAGCAGCAGCAUUGCAGGCGCAGCAACAAGCGCGUCAGGCAUUGCGUGUUGCACAGCAACAACAGCAGCAGCAGCAGCAACAACAGCAACAGCAACAAAGGCAGCAGACACAUCACCACGCAACAACUGGCAAGCAACAACGUCAACAUCACAAUCAUCACAGCAGCAACACCAACCACUCAGGCAACAGCAACUCAGGCAACAGCAACACCAACAGCAAAUCAAGCAGCCAGCGAGGGCGUUCUGCUGCCGCAGUUGGAGCCGCUGCCACGCCCUCGCCGCCACCGCCCCCGCCCUCGCAAAGUCCCGAGGAACUCGAACGCCUGUCGCCAGAGGAAUCACCAGCCCAGCCCACGCCCAAGAUAGUGGGCUCGUGCAACUGCGACGAUCUCACGCCCGUGCAGUGCCACCUGGAGACCAAGGAGCUGUGGGAUAAGUUCCAUGAAUUGGGCACUGAAAUGAUCAUUACCAAAUCGGGCAGACGCAUGUUCCCCACCGUUCGAGUGAGUUUCUCGGGUCCGUUGCGGCAAAUUCAGCCAGCGGACCGAUAUGCCGUACUCUUGGAUGUGGUACCGCUUGAUUCGCGGCGAUACCGUUACGCCUACCAUCGCAGCUCGUGGCUGGUGGCCGGAAAGGCGGAUCCGCCGCCCCCCUCCCGCAUCUACGCCCAUCCGGAUUGUCCUCUGAGUCCGGAGGCACUGCGAAAACAGGUCGUCUCCUUCGAGAAGGUGAAGUUGACAAACAACGAGAUGGACAAGAGCGGACAGGUCGUGCUGAACUCAAUGCACCGCUACCAGCCCAGGAUCCACUUGGUGCGUCUGAGCCAUGGCCAGAGCAUACCCGGCACUCCCAAGGAGCUGCAGGAUAUGGACCAUAAAACCUUCGUUUUCCCGGAGACCGUGUUCACGGCCGUGACGGCCUAUCAGAAUCAAUUGAUUACGAAACUGAAAAUCGAUUCGAAUCCGUUUGCGAAGGGAUUUCGCGAUUCGUCGCGUCUCAGUGACUUUGAUAGGGAUCCCAUGGAUGCGUUCUUCUUCGACCAGCACAUGCGCACCGCUCCCCUGCGUUUCUUCCCCGAUCCGCUGAUGGCCCAAUUGACUCCCCAGGAGGCAGAUGCCGCAUCCCUGGCGCUACUGGAGAAAGCCCGACAGCACCUGCAGAUGUUUGGACGAUCGCCGUACACAGAGAUGUUGCUGCCACAUCUGUAUCAGCGCUCGGCGGCACCGCCCCCGCCCCCACCGGCGCCCCACCUCAGCGCCUUUCAGCUGGGCAUGUGGCAGCAGCAGUGGCCGCAACUCACCGCCGGUUUCCUGGCCAGCGCCAAUCAGCAGGCGGCCUUGGCCUUGGCAGCGGCGGGCGCCAAUCGAACGCCACCCCCUCCCAUGGCGGUGGCCCCACCAGCUCCUGCCACGCCCACCUCCUCCUGCGGAUCCGCCUCUCCGGAUCUGAGGGCCAGGCCCCAGCUGAGUCACUAUCCGCAGCGAUUCAGUCCGUACCAGGUGCCGCAGCACCAGGCCUCGCCACCAGCCUCCAAUCGGGCAGAGAGUCCUUAGGAUACAGGAUACUAGCGCAAACAACUAAACCACCCAAAACACCACCCACUUCCCCAACAAAAGCUAAGCUCUGAUGUGGUUUUUAAAUCGUUGGAAUAUACAUAUAAAGUUUUAAUUUGGGAAUUCACAAUAAUUCAAAUUAAACUCCAAUUUAGAAUCAAUUUAAUGAAUAACAGAUUGGGCUGUUUCAAAGUUUAACUUACUAAUCAGGUGCAAUGAAAUGAAAUCCCUAUAAGUUUUAAACAAAUCUCAAAUAUUUCCCAGAUCUAAAGACCACAUCAGAGUACCAACGAAAUGUAUGUGCAAUGUUGUUGAACAAAAAGAAAGAAAGAAAAGAUAUCCCUUUGUAAAUAACCCCGAAAAUGUUGCUGCGACUUCCAAUCGAUGUUGCAUGUGAUGCUAAGCUAGAGAGCCGUCUUAACCGGUUUCACUGUAUUGUAAUUUCGGUAGCAUUAUAACAGUAUUAGUUAAUUUAAUUAGGCCUAGGCAAUAUGCAUACCCCACUUUCAGCUGUGUGUGUUUUUUGUUGUCGUCCCAUGUGUUCCUAAUACUGCAAAUUAUUGUGAGAAUUCCACGCUGAAUUAAACCCUCUAGACACUCCCCGCAACAA